UCCCCCCCAAAAAAACAAAACAUUUAUUAGAAAACAAAGGGCAAAAAUCACCCCAAAUCUGGUGAACUAGAAGAAACUGCCUGUUGAUCUCCACAGAAGCACAGUAGCUAGCUAGAAAAAGAGGAAGUGGGAGGAAGAAGAAGAAAAGAAGAGAGAGAGAGAGAGAGGCUAUAAGUAAAAGGAAAUGGAAGAGAGCCUCAAGUCCAUGUCAAUGGAUUACCUUAACCUUCUCAUCAAUGGUCAGGCCUUCAGCGACGUGACCUUCAGCGUGGAAGGCCGCCUCAUCCACGCCCACCGUUGUAUCCUUGCCGCCCGCAGCCUUUUCUUUCGAAAGUUCUUCUGCGGCGCCGUCGAUGCUCCGGCCUCCCUCCUCGACCCCCACAGCCCCCGUUCUCCGCCGGCGAGGGGGGCUGUGAUACCUGUCAGCUCGGUUGGCUAUGAGGUCUUCCUUUUGCUUCUUCAGUUUCUCUACAGCGGCCAAGUUUCGAUCCAGCUGCAGAAGCAUGAACCUCGCCCCAACUGCGGCGAUCGUGGCUGCUGGCACACACACUGCACCGCCGCCAUCGACCUCGCCCUCGACACCCUCGCCGCCGCCCGCUCCUUCGGUGUCGACCAGCUUGCUUUACUAACCCAGAAGCAGCUUGAAAGCAUGGUGGAGAAAUCUUCAAUCGAGGACGUGAUGAAAGUCCUAAUGGCCGCCCGGAAACAUGAGAUGCAUCAACUCUGGUCCACCUGCUCCCAUCUGGUAGCCAAAUCCGGUCUACCACCCGAAAUCCUCGCCAAACACCUCCCCCUCGACGUGGUCGCAAAACUAGAAGAACUCCGGCGGCUCUCCUCCCGUCUUCCCUCCUCGUCUUCCGACCACAUCACCUCCCUUUGUACCGACCACCACCACAAAAUCCGCCGCAUGCGCCGCGCCCUCGACUCCUCCGACGUCGAACUCGUCAAACUCAUGGUCAUGGGAGAAGGCCUCAACCUCGACGACGCCCUCGCCCUCCACUACGCCGUCGAGCACUGCACCCGCGAGGUCGUCAAAGCCCUCCUCGAACUCGGAGCCGCCGACGUCAACUUCCCCGCCGGGCCCACCGGACGCACUCCCCUCCAUAUCGCCGCCCAGCUCGUCAGCCCCGACAUGGUCGCCGUGCUUCUCGACCACCACGCCGACCCAAACGCCCGCACGCUCGACGGCGUAACGCCGCUCGAUAUACUGCGGUCCCUGACGUCAGAUUUUCUCUUUAAAGGGGCGCUUCCGGGAAUCAACGCCGCCCAUUUCGAGCCGAAUAAGCUUAGGCUGUGCCUCGAGCUCGUGCAAUCCGCGGUGAUGGUUGCGUCGAGGGAGGAGGCGGCGGCGAACCUGAGCUUAGAUUCGAGGAUGGUGUAUUUGAAUUUGGGAGUGGCGGCCGCAGCGGCGGCGCAGAUGGGUUAUAAGGUGGAUGAUGGUGGUGUGCAGGGAGAUGUACGGAGCAGGAGAACUACAGUACUGACUCAGGCGGGAGGUAGUAGUAUUCGACCUUCUUCUUCUUCGUCUUCUUCUAUUAUGUAUUCUCCUCAUCAUGACUUCCCAUGAUCAUCUCUCUUAUAGAUCUCUUUCUUAUUAAUAUUUUUCUUUCAUUUUAGAUAUAUGUGGCAUACGAUUAAUAAUGAUGAAUUGG